UUUGUGUUGUGUCAAUGACUGGAGAAUUAAAAUAAUAAGUGGCAUCGCAGCCGGCCGAGGCAGUACUCGUCAAGCCGACAUUUAAACAGUCGAGUGGAAAGUGAAGAAGGUGUCGGGUAAAGAAAAUAUGGCUGCGAGAUUACUGAUAUUCUUGGCUGUAGCGGCUGCUGUGUCUGCUGAUGAUGUUAUACAGCUGGGUGAUGCUGACUUUGACACCAAAGUUGGGAGCUAUGACACAGUCUUGGUCAUGUUCUUUGCUCCAUGGUGUGGCCAUUGUAAACGGUUGAAACCAGAAUUUGAAAAGGCAGCUUCUUCUCUGAAGACUAAUGAUCCACCUGUGAUAUUAGCAAAGGUGGACUGUACUGAAGAUGGAAAGGAUACCUGUGGAAAGUAUGGAGUUUCAGGAUACCCAACCUUAAAAAUUUUUAAGGGUGGAGACCUUUCCUCUGACUAUAAUGGACCUAGAGAAGCUAAUGGCAUUGUCAAAUACAUGAGGUCACAGGUUGGCCCAGCAUCGAAGGAGCUUACGUCUGUUGAAAUGGCAGAGGCUUUCCUUGCUGCUCCUGAUGUUAGUGUUGUAUAUUUUGGAGGAGAUUCCAAACUGAAAGAGGCAUUCCUCAAGGCUGCAGAUAAACUACGUGAAACAGUCCGUUUCGCUCACUCUGUAAAAGCCGAAGUUAAUGAAAAGUAUGGGCAUAAUAAUGUCAUGGUGCUAUUCCGACCAAAGCACUUGCAGAACAAGUUUGAACCUGCUUCAGUUGUUUAUGAUGGACCUAAUGACAAAUCUAAAAUGGAGUCUUUUGUGAAGGAAAACUUCCAUGGUUUGGUGGGUCACCGUACUCAAGAUACUGCCUCAGACUUCGUUAAUCCUCUUGUGGUUGCAUAUUACAAUGUUGAUUAUGUGAAGAAUGCCAAGGGAACUAACUACUGGCGUAACCGCAUUCUGAAGGUAGCACAGAACUUCGAUGAUUUUAACUUUGCUGUGUCUAAUAAGGAUGAUUUCCAACACGAAUUAAAUGAAUUUGGUCUUGAUUUUGUUUCUGGAGAUAAGCCUGUGAUUUGUGCCAGAAAUGCAAAGUCUCAAAAAUUUGUCAUGAAAGAAGAAUUCUCAAUGGAAACUUUUGAAGCCUUCCUCAACAAACUUAAAGCUGAUGAACUAGAACCUUACUUGAAGUCAGAAGAUAUUCCUGUACAAGAUGGCCCAGUCACUGUUGCAGUUGGCAAGAACUUUGAUGAAGUUGUAACAAAUUCUGAGAAGGAUGUGCUGAUUGAGUUUUAUGCACCUUGGUGUGGACAUUGCAAGAAGUUGGCACCCACGUAUGAUGAACUUGGUGAAGCGAUGAAAAAUGAAGAUGUAGACAUUGUGAAGAUGGAUGCCACGGCUAAUGAUUUCCAUCUUCUUUUAAAAUGUGAGAGGAUUCCCAAACUAUACUGGAAACCAAAAGGACAAGACCCUGUUCCAUAUAAGGUGUUCGUGGUGGAGUGCGUCUUAAUGACCUUCGUGCUGUUGUUACGCCUUAAUCAAACGUAUUAUCCACCAGCCUUUGUUAGCAAUGAAGUGGUGGCUCAUCCGAUCAAUGAAGCGGCAGCCCAUCCCAUCAAUGAAGCGGUAGCCCAUCCCAUCAAUGAAACGGUAGCCCAUCCAACCAAUAAAGCGGCAGCCCACCCCAUCAGUGAAGCGGCAGCCCAUCCCAUAAAUGAAGCGGCAGCCCAUCCCAUCAAUGAAGCGGCAGCCCAUCCUAUCAAUGAAGUGGCAGCCCAUCCCAUCAAUGAAGCGGCAGUCCAUCCUAUCAUUGAAGAGGCAGCCCACCCCAGCAGUGAAGCGGCAGUCUACCCCAGCAGUGAAGAGACAGCCAAUCCAGCAGUGAAGCGGCAGCCAACUCAGCAGUGA